AUGAGCUGGCAUGGAGGGCGCCCAUGCACUGACGUGCUUCAAUUGGACGCACAGAGAGUCACUGAUAUUGAUGGGUUAGAAUGGAAUCCUACGGAGAAACCGAGGUUGCUCGAUGAAAACGAGAUAAGAAUGAGAUAUGGCACGUGGGCCCUGACGCCAACAAGUCUGGCGGGCCUUGACAGCUUCCAUCGCCGGCAGCUGCGUCGUCUUCUAGGCAUCUUUUACCCGAACACGCUCGGCGACGUCGCGCUCUACAAGCGCUGUAAGAGUGUGCCGCUGAGUGAGAUCGUCGCCCGCCAACGCUGGCGCCUGCUGGGCCACGUGCUGCGCCUGAAGAAAGACGUCCCUGCCAACAUUGCCGCCGCCCGCUUCUUUGCCGCUCCCGAGGCGCCCCGUUUUCUAGGCCGCACCAAGAUCACGUUGCCGAUCGUCCUGCACCGCGACCUCCAGUCGUUGACGCCGCCUCAGUCGCUGGCGUCUCUCGAGGACCUCAACAAACUGCGUAGCUUUGCCGCCGAUCGCGACGCCUGGAAGGAAUCUACGGAA